UCAUGCUGUUGGGCCCAAACGCGAACAAUUGGCCAGGCUGGAUUGAACUUGCUGGAAGUAUCGGAAGGGUUUGUGGCCACUUUUUACGCUGAUCAAGUUGGUCAAAUAACCAUCGGCUACGGACACGCUUGCAUUUGGCAUAACAAUUGCGUUGAUAUCACCCCUCCCAUUACUAUGGACCAGGGCGUUCAGAUACUAAUGAGCGAUCUAGUUGAGUUUGAAAAUUGUGUUAACGCUGCCGCGCCCCAGCUCAAUCAAAAUCAAUUUGACGCGGUUAGUUAACAUUAUUACUAAAAUUAUUAUUUAGAUUUAUUUUAUAUCUAUAUAAACAAAAUUUGCGUAUAUACCCCAAUAAUCAUCUAUAUGAUUUA